AUGUGGCUCAAACCCGACGAGAUCCUGCUGAAAAAUGCGUUCAAACUGUGGGUGACGGAAGAGGAUAACGAGUACUUCGUCCUGCAAAGGAGACGAGGUUACGGAGAAGGUGGAGGCGGGUUGACAGGCCUCCUUGUGGGAACUCUGGAUACUGUGUUGGACUCCACAUCCAAAGUUGCUCCUUACCGAAUUCUGCACCACACACCAGACUCACAGGUGUAUUGGUCCAUAGCAUGUGGUGUCACCAAAGAGGAAAUUGUUCAGCACUGGGAUUGGCUGCAGCAGAACAUCAUGAGGACACUCUCUGUUUUUGACUCCAGCGAAGACAUCACCAGCUUUGUACAGGGCAAGAUUAGAGGUCUUAUUGCUGAGGAAGGGAAGACCUCCCUGGUGCUGGAGGAAGAUCCCGAGAAGUUCCGGGAAGCACUUUUGAGGUUCGAGAAGUGGUUUGAGCUGCCACCGAAGGAAAAGCUGGUCACAUAUUACUCAUGCAGCUAUUGGAGAGGCAAAGUGCCCUGCCAGGGCUGGCUCUACCUCAGCACAAACUUCCUGUGCUUCUAUUCAUACCUGCUGGGAUCUGAGGUGAAACUGAUCAUCUCCUGGGAUGAGAUCUGGAGGCUGGAGAAAACCUCUAACGUUAUCCUGACUGAGAGCAUCCAUGUCUUAGCCAAUGGGGAGGAUCACUACUUCUCUAUGCUGAUGCACCUUAAUGAAACAUUUGUUAUCAUGGAACAGCUGGCUGACUACUCCAUCAAGCGCCUUUUUGAUAAAGAGGCCUUCCAGAGAGAGCCAGCGCUCUCCGACCCCCUUCAAAUUACCAAGAGAGGCCUAGAAGCUCAUGCAAAGAGUGAGCAGUUCCGGACGUUUUUCAGGCUUCCCAAAGAGGAAAACCUGUUAGAGGUGCAUGAGAGCUUCCUGUGGGUGCCCUUCAGCCAUUUUAACACUCUUGGCAAGAUCUGUCUGUCUGAGAACUACCUGUGUUUCGCCAGCCAAGACGGAAGCCAAUGUCAUGUCAUCAUUCCAAUGCGAGAGGUUAUUAAUGUCGAGAAGUCAGACUCCAGCAGCAGGGCUCUAACGGUGUGUAUGCGUGGAAAGAGGGCGCUGCGUUUCUCCGAGGUGCGGGACUACCAGCGGCUUGCCAACACGAUCCGCAGCAGGUGUGGGAUUAGUGCCAGCCCUCAGCACUCUGCAUCAUCAGAGACCAUACGAGGCGAGUGCCAGUCACUCCUCAACCACUUUGAGGACAACCCAGAGGACGUAACGCUGAUGGUGGGACAGAAAGACAGCAGCAAGGCUGUAAGCACCGAGGCUCUCAUGACUGUUUUCCACCCCCAGGAUGUUGAAAACCUUGACCCUAAAAUGCUGAAAGAAAAGAUGAAGGAACAGUCGUGGAACAUCCAUUUCUCUGAAUAUGGACGUGGCACGAGUAUGUUCUUCACCAAGAAGACACGGGACUUGAUUGUUCGUGGUGUUCCUGAGGCCUUGAGAGGAGAGCUGUGGAUGCUUUUUUCAGGAGCUGUGAACGACAUGGCCACCCAUCCCGGCUAUUACACUGAUCUGGUUGAACAGUCUCUGGGCACAAGCACUUUGGCUACAGAUGAGAUUGAGAGAGACUUGCACCGCUCUCUGCCAGAGCACCCUGCCUUUCAGAGCGACACGGGAAUCUCAGCUCUACGCAGAGUCCUCACUGCCUAUGCAUACAGGAACCCUAAAAUCGGCUACUGCCAGGCCAUGAACAUUCUUACCUCAGUUCUUCUGCUCUACGCCAAAGAAGAGGAGGCUUUCUGGCUCUUAGUUGCCGUCUGUGAGAGGAUGUUGCCGGACUACUUUAACCGGCGCAUUAUUGGUGCUUUGGUUGACCAGGCGGUGUUCGAGGAUCUGAUUAGAGAAAACCUCCCCCAGCUGGUGGAGCACAUGACAGACCUGAGUUUCUUCUCAUCCGUGUCCUUGUCCUGGUUCCUCACCCUAUUCAUCAGUGUCCUCCCCAUAGAGAGUGCUGUGAACGUGGUGGACUGUUUUUUCUACGACGGCAUAAAAGCCAUCUUGCAGCUCGGCCUGGCGGUGCUGGACUACAACAUGGGGGCUCUGAUCAGUUGCCACGACGAUGCAGAGGCCGUCACCAUCCUCAACAAAUUCUUCGACAGUGUGACAAACAAAGACAGCCCCCUGCCUCCAACAGUGCAGCAAGCUUCAGUGGGCAAUAACGAUAAAGCAUCAAACUUCAACGUUGAUAUCACUGAACUCAUCCGAGAGGCCUACGAGAAAUACGGAAAUAUCCGUUCAGAGGAAGUCGAGAGUUCACGGAAAAGAAACAAACUGCAUGUGAUCCAGACACUGGAGGAUACGACCAAACAAAAUGUGAUUCGGGUGGUGACACAAGAAGUCCGAUUCAGUCCCUCACAUCUUGACGGGCUUUAUAACUUGUUCAAAAGGCAGCAUUUUCUGUGCUGCUACUGGACAAUGAAGAGUCCAGCUCUGCUCCAUCAUGACCCCAGCCUGGCCUAUUUGGAGCAGUACCAGUUGGGUUACCAACAGUUCAGCGUGCUCUUCUCUCUGCUGGAGCCCUGGGCCUUCUGCAGCUCCAAGAGCCCCCUCUCCCUCUGGGUCUUCCGCCUGAUAGACGAGAACCAGGAUGGCCUCGUCAACUUUAAAGAGUUCUGCUCUGCCCUCGAUACUUUGUACAGUGGAUCGUUCACAAAUAAGCUGAAAUUCCUCUUCAAGCUGCAUCUGCCACCAGCUUUUACAGGUAGUCCUUUGCACUUAAAGGAACAAAGAAUCCAGCACUUUAUUCCAGUGACUGAAGACUCUUCCCACUUGAGUAGACUCACUGCAUUUGAUCUACCAGAAGAUGGCGUGAUAAGGAAAAGCCCUGAAAGAGGUAGAGGGAAAGUGGACCUACAGGCCUACCUGAAACAAUGGCAAAAUGAAAUACUUAAGAAAGAGGAAACUAUUAAAGACCUACCCCGAAUUAAUCAGACUCAGUUCAUCCAGUUCUCCAAGACACUGUACAACAUCUUCCAUGGCGAUCCAGAGGAGGAGUCUCUGUACCGAGCCGUGGCCCAUGUGACCAGUCUCCUCCUGAGGAUGGAGGAGGUGGGACGGAGGCUGCAGGAGCCGAUCAGCCCAUCCGAGACCACAGAACCUCCCGACAACGCUGCUGCUGCUGCUGCGGUGGAGGAGGAGCCUUCAACGAAAGACGCUCCUACCAGCCCGGAGAGCUCCGGCACCUCCAGCUCCCGCAACAGUCAGGACGCAGGGACCGACCUCACAGAGACACAGUGGUCGUUUUCGUUUGAGCAGGUCAUCGCUUCUCUGCUCAACGAGCCGACCAUAGUCCGCUUCUUCGAAAGGCCUGUCGACGUUCAGUCUAAACUGGGACAAGCUAGGGUUGCCCAGCUGAAGCUAAAGGCGAAUAAGUGAAAGGAUACAUAAGUGAAUUGAUAGUUUGCUUCUGAUUCAAACACACAAGUCAAAAUGAAUUUCCUUUCUCCACUUGGAAAGGACAGCGGGUUUUGGCGAGGCAGCGCGUGGUCUCAUAAAUAAAGAGGAGACAUCAGAUUUUAAAAUCUGGGCUGUGUGUGUGUGUGUGUGUGGCUCCGAGCAAUGAUGGCUUACAAAGCAAAUAAGGCACAAAAUCUUAAAGCCACUAUAAACACUGUUGUUACAGUCCACUGACCAACACCUUCAGUGCAUUUUUAUGUUGGGCCUCGUUGCUUACUCCAGGCUGUCGUUCCUCAAAUCUGAUUAUGCAUUUUCAAACUCUGUGAUGAAAUUCAUCCUCUCAUGUAGCCUCAGAUUCUUUCGGAUUUUAAGGGAAAUUAAGUUAAAUAUAUAUUUUUUCCCCUAACUGCCAUGGAGCAUCUACAGUAUAGUUUUGUAUUUUGUAAGGGACACUCAGUACUGUUCCCUGUAUUUAGAAACAUUACAACAGAUUUUGUCCUGCCCUCUCUCUGAUGUCAUGCUGCUGAAGCUCAAAUCCAUGGCAAAUGACUUAAACAAGGUGACGGAGAGGUCGACGGGAUGAUUUUCCCUCUCGAUAUCGUGAUAUAUUUUCUCUUAAAGAUAACUAGUUACUGCUGUAGUAAAACAAACUAGUGUGUCCUGUGACUUAGGUGUCUACUGUUCUUAAGCAACAUCAAUGUUAUUCUGUAAUUGUCUGCGUAUUGUGAGAAACAACAGCUUUCCAGUUGAAGAGGCACAGAAUAAACAGUAGUACAGUGAGCAAGGUAAAGCAUUAUUGUCCCUGGAAGCCAUAAAGAUGAGCUCAAUGAGGAUGUCAGAUGCAUUUUAUUCAGUGCAUGAAAGAUUCUAAUAUGGUAUUAUAAAUUUGCAAUAAUACACAAGAGAGGAUGCCGUACUGCCACACUUAACUGUCUCGUUUCUCUAACAGCAGCAAACGCUGUUACAUUAUCAAAGCAUGACUUCAAGCAUGUCAUACUGGAAACUAUGGUCAGUAAAGGUUAAAUAAUUUGAAUGCAACAGUGCUGCUGCUGCUGCUGCAGGGAAAUCUCCUGCAUCGGCUUCUGAAAAUGUGCCAUGUGUUAGCUUCAGAGUGCGAUUGGUUGAUGUACUGUUAGCUUAUGUCCGUCUUAAUGUAUAUGUAGAAUGUUAUGCUCUAGUAUAAGUGCAGCAUUUUGUACAUAGAGAUCAUUUCAAUAGUCGUUUGAUUAUUGUAUUUAUGAAGCGUGUAUCGACAAUAUAAGAUAUGAGCUCGUAGACUGUUGUUGACACAACUUAAACCUUUUGAAGGAUAUUUUAUUUUAUCAAAUCUCAGGGUGCAAUUUGUGUAAAAUAAAAAGGAGAAAAGGGAUAUUUUUGGGAUCUGGGAUAUAUAAAGUAUAUAACAGAGUUAUACAUAGCUUACAAAUGUCUGUAACAUUAAAAUAUAGAGCAUGUGUAGCAUAGUUACAGGACUCGCCACUUUAUGUUAACUUUCAAUGAACAGCAAUUAUAACUGCUUGCUACAGAAAGCCAGAUCUGACUUACAGUAUUUGUUUUUUUUCUUUUUAUCUGUGCUUUUUCUGCUUCUUUGUUUUUGCUUCUAUCUCAGUGAAUCAUCUGCACAAUUGUUUGAGAUUCACACGUUAUAGAUAAGCCUUAAUCUAGGCCAGAUCUUGUAGGCGUUCGAUUCCAAAAAGGUUGUGAUCGCCUCAGCUGCAGCUUGUUGUCUCUAGGGGCCAAAUUCAGAGCUUUAUCUCUGCUUGUCUUUAGGAAACAGUGUUCUUAGAAGCGCUUUAAGUGCAAGUGCAAUUCUCUGUAUCCUUUAUUUGAAUUAUUUUGCCUUUUGCUAGUAAGGUUUUGUGGGUUUUGUUUUUUCAAUUAAGACUUACAGACCAAUUUGAAAUGUAUUUCAUUGUGUAAUUAUCGGGUUAAUUGAUAUAGAUUGUUGAAGUGAGUUGUACAUUUUUUGAAAACUCAUUGGAACUGAAAAGACACAUCUGUCACUGUUUACAUGACUAAUGUAAAAAAAAUGAAUAUCAAAAUACACCCUAUCAGAUAUCUUCUCACUGCUCGAAUUCAAAGCUCAGUCAGUGACAUCCGUCCAGUACAUUAAGCCAUAAUGAAACCGUACUAAAGCGGCAGAGUUUCAACAGGAGAGCUCAGCAUACUCUCAAAACAGCAGCGCUAUUUCCACAAUUUUAAACAAUAUUCUCUCACCGUGGUCCAACUAUUUCAAUAAAACUGUUCCCUGGCAGUUGAAUGCUGCAUUUGUAACCUCUCUGACCUUCAAUAAAUCAUUAUAAAAUGCAGAUUAAAACAUCUGAUCAAAAAUUGUGUUACAGUUAAUUGCUUUAUCUACUUCUGAUUAUGUGAUAAUAUUUUAAAGAUUAGAAAUCCUACAAAAGUUAGUUACAUUUUUUCAUCUUUAUGGAAGAAACGAACAAACAGACUGAACAAAUCUUAAGAUGCUCAGUAAUUUCCUAACUGGUUCUUUAGGCAAAACUUUUGGAAAAUGGCACAUGUUUUUUUAAGUUUGUGGUUUUCGCUUUGUGAGGAAAUAAAUGAAAGGCGAUGACGUUUUAGGGAACAGAGAAAAUGUGAAGAUUGAAAAUCUUAAUCCUCCUUGGCAUGCUAUCAGAUUUGCCAUUUAGCCUCACAGUGUAUACAGCAGACAUAGACAAUGCUCCAGCUCCUGCAUUACUAUGAUUAAUCAAGUCUGUUUAUAUGCAAGUGUAGUCUACAGCUUUUAUAGUCUGUAGCUUUUGAUUUUGAGCUUGUUUUGCAAAAUAUGUGAAGCACAGAUCGUUUGGUUUACCUUCUUGAUUAUGGUUUGGUUUUCCUUUUUUAUUUCACCAUUCAACGGUAUCAGAAUAAAGAGUGAUGAUACUAUCAAUAAUUAGGUUUUGGUCGUUUUGAGUGUUAUCUGGAGCACCUUGGAUCUGCACACACCAACAGUGAUUUGAAAUGAGAUCUUUGACAUGUUAAUUGGUACUUGCUUAUUUGUGUUUUAAGGGUCAUAAAGUACUGCCUGUAAGGGUUAUCUAUCAGUAAGUCAUGUAUGUUUAUAUUUGUCUAUAUGCAUAAAAUAAAAGGGAAAGU